UAUCUGCGCUUUUCGUGGAAAAAAUAUAAAACUAAAAUACUCAAAACUAAAAAUAUUUCUAUUUUACAUGUAAAUUUUUUUUGACGAUUUUAUAUUUAUAAUGUGAAUCAAUCCUUCAAAUAAAAUAAAAUCAUUGUAAAUAUGAAAUUAUAAAAGUCGGAACUUACAUAUUUGAUUAUAAAUAUACGAGAAAAUUUCACCAACUAAAAGCGCGGAAUAUCUUUUCAAAUUUAUUAUUUUUUUGUUCUUCUAUGUUAUAUGUGCGUGAAAUAUGGCUAAAAUAUUUGAAAUAUGGCUAAAAACAACGAAAAAUUUUUUAUAGAUGUUCUCUGAUAAUUGAAGUACGUUUACAAAGAAAAAUCUUUCAUCUAAUUCAAAUUUUUUGUUUCACAAAUAAAUUGCUACAUUUUCUAUUUAUGAGAGGUUAUAUGAUCAGAGAUUUAUGAUUUAUGAUAUGUUUUUAUAAUAUUUUGUACAUAACAAGUGCAUAUACUGUUUUUGCGAUUUUAAUUACAUUAUGAACUGUCUAAAACUUGUGAGUAUAUAUCAUACACCGAAAAUUGUGUGGUAUCAAACGGAUACUACAGUUAUUGUACGUAUUUUAUUACAAGAUAUAAAAGACUAUUUUCUUCACGUAGAAUGUGAUCAUCUGUUAUUUAGCACAACAACAAAUUCAAAGAAAUAUUAUAUUUGUUUAUAUCUUUUUGGAACUAUAGUGGCAGAAAAAACAGUUCACAAAAAUUUAGAAAGAGAAAUUAAGAUUACACUUGUAAAGGCACAUAAAUGGACAGAAUGGUUAAGAUUGUGCAUUCAAAAAGAAAAAAAUCCUUUAAUUGGGCUAGAUUCAAAUCAUAUAUAUAAACUCGAUUGGAUCACUGCAGCUUUAAGAAACAAAGAAAAGGAGGAUUUUACAGAAUAUAAGCGUAGGAAUCAUAUAACUCAAAUAAUGCCAGUUGUACCAUCUAGUGAUGAAGAAGAAUCUGAAGAUGAAAUAAUGGAUAUGAUAUUUGAUUAAUCUACUCAUGCUAUAUAUACACAAUAAAUACUACUCAAUGUCUAAAUAUAUUUUUAAAUAAAGGAAUAGCACUUCAACUUUUUUUUAUAAAUUUUUUACUUAAAUUAUUAUAUUACUAUACUACAUUUAUUGAUUUGAGUCAUAAAAUUGCAUGAUACAUAAAAUUUUGGAUAAAACACUUUAUACAUAAAAACUUCAUCUUUUCAUUUUUGUUUUACUAAAUAUUAUUUGCAAUUAGUCAAAAUGCAGAUUAAUUCAACUUAACAAAUAUUCUGAUGUACAUUAUACAUAGAUAUAAUUUACAGCAUGAAAUCUGCCACAUAAAUAUAAAAAUGAAAAUAAAAAUUAUAUAUUAUAUGUAUUUCACAUUGUGUCACUUAGAUAAAAAUUUACAUUGAAUUUGGUGCUUAAAAAAUCUAAUGCUUCGGUAUUAUGAAUUCUCAUAUACUGAAAUCUUUAAUAUUCAGUAUUUAAUAUUCAGAAUAAAAAAAAAUCAUUUUAUAUUCAAUUAGGAUAGAAUAUUAUAAAUCAUAUAGUAAAAAUUAUGAGACUGAACGAAGAUAAAUGAAUAAUGUUUACACAAUAUAUUUCUUUGUAUAUGAAAUUUACUGCUUUUGUUACCCAUGACUGAUUCACAAAAAAUAAUAGUUACAAAAUUACAAUAUUGGAAUGUCUUCAUGCUAUGUUUAUAAUACACAAUGUAAACAACUACUAAAAAAUAUGUAUUCAUAAUAGUUAGUUCAUCACUAGCAAUAUUGUUCUUAUCUUUGGCAAUGAAUCCUUUUUAGUUGAUAUUUGCAUGUAAUUUUUUUUUAUAAAAAAUUAUAAGAAAAAUAUUUUAAAGAAGAUAAUGUAAAUAAAUUUAUAAUUUAUAACGCGAGAUAAAAUGAUUAAACAUUAUUUUUAAAAAAUCUUUUAAUUCUUUCAUUAUUUAUCUUUUCUGGUAAAUUAUGCUUAUAUAUAAGUAACUGUUUUGGACAGUAUUCUAGUUAAAUGUCUUGAUAUCAAGAUUCUGUAUAUUUUAAUAAUUUAUUAUAAAGAGCAUAUUAUUAGUGCCUUCAUGUCAUUAUAUUAUUUUUUAUGGAAUAUAUUAGGAAUUGGAACAUUUAUCAUGCUAUUUUUAAAUGCUACAAAUAGUUAUAAAACAUCAUUAACAACAACUAAUAUAAACAAAUUUGUAACAUUGAAAUAAUAGCAAUAUAUUAAAUUUGAUUUUUAUAAUAAAAUAAAAUUUCAUAUUUAAC